AUGGCGGGCCUCUUAGAACGCUAUCUCAACCAACUCUUAGAUAAUGCGGAAGUGAAGAGCUAUUGUAGACAGUUCCUGACCAGCAAACCAGGAAUAUGUAGAUUUAUCAAUCCCAGUCGCACCGAUCCUCACGAGAGAGUGAGUGAGUGGGUAUAUAAUCCCACAGGAGCUUGGGAUGAGGUGAAAAAUAAACAGGGAAUAUAUUCAUUAACCAGAGGGGCCUGUAUAGAUAUAAACAACUGGUUAACCACCUUAUCACCCCAAGAGGCCGCGAACUCAAAAAAUCUAUAUGCAGGUUGUCAAUAUGACCAAUACAGGAAUAAUAGAAAAUUAACAGAUAACACAGGCAAUUGUCAGCCAAAAAAGGAGGCAAAUAACUGGGCUGAUUACAGCCAGAGUAGGACUCUAUCCUUGUGGCAAAGUCACCAGAAAUCCUUACAGGUGUGCAUGGACAUAAUGAGGAUAAUAUUAUUAGAAUUAGGUCUAACCGUGAGUGGAGCCAGGGUAAAAAUUGAUGAAGGAGAAGGUUCUAACAGGUGUGGAAAAAUAUACACGUCACUAGAGAAGUGGGGAGGGACCUGGGUCGCGCGGAGUAUAAUGAAGCAAUGGUUCGCAGUUGAUGACAAGCACCAAAAACUCCAACAAAGUUUUGCUUUAUCUGGGACAGAUCUCUACGAAGUUAUGACAGAGCAAGUAUCAGGGGUACAUAAGGGUGACAAAGAAACCGAAUGUCUUCUGGAGGGGACUUCUCAACCCGGGGGCCCACUGUCCACAGUGGUUUAUAAAACAAAAAUACGGGAGGAUAUCAAAGGGACCGAAGAUACUCGCCAUUCCUUUCAGGUUAUAUGGGAAUCGAUGACGAAGAAAGCAGAGCAGGAGCAGGAACAAGUGAACGAGAUACAUGACUCCGACAACCAAGGCGGAGGAAUAAUCUGGGGAAUAAUCCCAAGCCUAAUACUAGCAGGGGCCAGUGGUUAUGGAAUAUACAGAAUUAUAAAAACAAAAAAGUCUCCAAAGGUCAGAGCUACCAUGAAAGGAUCAACCAGGGAGCUACCCCUUACAGCGAACUCUACAGUGAGGAAAGACUUGUCUUAUGUCAAAUCAAGUAUCUGA